CGCCGUGAGGGAGCGAUGGCGGCGGCGGCGGCGGCAGGGCCGGGGUUCGGGCCCGGCGAGCGGCAGCGGCGGGUGCAGGCGCUGAGCGCGGCGCUGCGCGGCCGCCUCGGACCGUACGAGCCGCUUCUGGGCGCCCUGCAGGCCGCGCUGGUGUGGGAGCGGCCGGGCCGCAGCGCGCUGUGCUGGGCGGCGGUGCACGGCCUGUUCUGGUUCUUUGCUCUGACUUCCCUUCGUUUGCUUUUCCUGGUUGCGUUUACCCUCCUAGUAGUAGUGUGUAUAGACCAGUGGAAGCAUAAAAUCUGGCCAGAAAUUGGAGUGGCGAGACCUGACGAAUUAGACAAUGAGAGCUGGGGAUAUGUCCACCCUCGGCUGCUUGGACUGCCAGAGCUCUGUCACCAUUUGGCUGAAGGAUGGGUGGCUGGGACCAACUUCUUAAAUAAUCUCUUCAUUUUCAAGAGGCAAAGCCCUGGCAAGUUUUGCCUUCUAGUGUGUGGAGUCUUCACUUUCCUGGCUGUCCUUGGUCGGUACAUCCCUGGACUCUUGCUCUCGUACUUGCUGUUGCUCCUCGUCCUGCUGUGGCCCCUCGCCGUGUACCACCGGCUGGGGCAGCGCAUGUACCUGCGGCUGGAGCCGGCUCUGCAGCGGCUGGACUUCAGCGUCCGGGGAUACAUGAUAGCCCGGCAGCGGGAGAGGCAACUGCGUGCCCAGGCCCUCGGUCAGGAGGCCACGGACGAUGGGAGCGACAGCGAAGAGGAGCUGGCUGCAUUCUGCCCCAAGCUGGAUGACUCUGUGGUCGCUAAGGAACUGACCAUCUCUGACUCGGAGCAUUCAGAUGCUGAGGUUUCCUAUACUGAAAAUGGGAUGUUUAACCUUUCGAGGGGCCAGACUCCCCUGACAGAGGGAUCAGAAGACCUGGACGGACACAGUGACCCAGAAGAAUCAUUUGCCAGAGAUCUCCCUGACUUCCCUUCCAUCAACCCAGAAGCAACUGGCAUAGAUGAUGAAGACGACACCAGCAUUGGGAUCCCAAGCCUGGCAUACCGCCCACAAGGGACAGAGGAUCUGCAUCUCCCGUACGACCAGGAGGAGUCUGGCGCGCUGCCGUCGGUGCAGAAUCUCACCAACAACAUCGCUGGCUUUGUCACCAGGGGGAUGAUCCAGCUGGCACUGUCAGGAGCCCCUCAGCCAGGCUCCUCACGCAGCACCAAUCCCCAGAGAGGGGCAAAGACUCACCUCAGAGCAGUCAGCUCGGACUUGGACACUGAUGCCGAAGGGGAUGAUUUUGAACUGCUGGAUCAGUCUGAGCUGAACCAGCUGGAUCCUGCUGGCUCCCGAGGCCAGUAAGCCAUCCCAUCACUUCCCUCUGGUUUUCUAUUGCGCGUCACGGAGGGAAUCCUGGAAGGAAAAGUCUUGCACAGUUCUCUCAAUCGUCUCCUGUGAGUCUGAGUGACGUGACAGCCAGUCCUGGCUGGGAACAUCACUGUGACUUGUGACUCUGUAGCCUCGCUUGGAUUUUAAAAUAAAGGACACUGGUAAUCCCUAGGGAGAGACAUUGAUGGGAUAGGUCCACAAUCACCCUGUGCUGUCUGCCAGGAUGCUGCCUGCUCCAAACUUCCUCAUCUAAGACAAUAAAUGUGGUGUCUGCA